AUGCAGCCCCUGGUGAUGCAGGAAUGGCCCUAUGUCCUCCCACGAUGUCCUGAGUGGCACAUCACAGACCAGGCGCAGCACAGCAGCACUGCCCACCCACUGUCUCAGGUUGAAGCCUCGCAGGAUGGUGCAGGACCUUUAUGUGUAACCCCCCAGCCUCCAAGCGGUGCUGCCGGACCCCAGACCCAUCUAGAGAUGAAUCUUUGCUGGAACGAGAUCAAAAAGAAAUCCCACAGCCUUCGGGCUCGUCUGGAAGCCUUUUCUGACCACAGUGGGAAGCUGCAGGUGCCUCUCCAGGAGAUCAUAGACUGGCUUGGGCAGAAGGAUGAGGAGCUCUCGGCACAGCUGCCCCUGCGGGGUGAUGUCCUCCUGGUGCAGCAGGAAAAGGAGACGCACACAGCUUUCAUGGAAGAAGUGAAGUCUCGGGGACCAUACAUUUACUCUGUCCUGGAGUCAGCACAGGCUUUCCUUUCCCAGCAUCCAUUUGAGGAAUUAGAAGAACCAACUUCAGAAAGCAAAGAUGUCUCUCCCCGGCAUCGGAUCCAAAACAUCAGCCGCUUUGUCUGGAAGCAGGCGAAUGUGGCCAGUGAGCUGUGGGAGAAGCUCACGGCCCGGUGUGUGGACCAGCACCGUCACAUUGAACGGACACUCGAGCAUCUGCUAGAGAUUAAAGGGGCCAUGGAGGAGCUCAGCACGACACUGGACCAGGCUGAAAGUGUGCGCGAAACCUGGGAACCCAUUGGAGACCUCUUCAUUGACUCCUUACCAGAGCACAUCCAGUCAAUCAAGCUGUUCAAAGAGGAGCUCUCCCCCGUGAAGGAUGGAGUGAAAGUGGUCAAUGAUCUCGCGCACCAGCUUGCCAUCUCAGAUGUCCACCUGUCCAUGGAGAACUCCCGUACCCUGGAGCAGAUCAACACGCGCUGGAAGCAGCUGCAGGCCUCUGUAAAUGAACGCCUGAAGCAGCUCCAAGACGCCCACCGGGACUUCGGACCAGGCUCCCAGCAUUUCCUCUCCUCCUCUGUCCAGGUCCCCUGGGAGCGAGCCAUUUCCCCCAACAAAGUGCCAUACUACAUCAACCACCAGGCCCAGACAACAUGCUGGGACCACCCUAAGAUGACGGAGUUGUACCAGACACUGGCGGAUUUGAACAAUAUCAAGUUCUCAGCAUAUCGGACAGCUAUGAAACUGCGACGCGUGCAAAAAGCCCUGCGAUUGGACAUGGUCACCCUGGCCAUGGCCUUGGAAAUCUUCAGUGAGCAUGACCUGCAGCCCAGUGACCGGGCGAUGGACGUGGUGGAGGUCAUUCACUGCCUGACCGCCCUCUACGAGAGGCUGGGGGGAGAGCGGGGGCUCCUGGUGAAUGUGCCGCUCUGUGUGGACAUGAGCCUCAACUGGCUGCUGAAUGUCUUUGACAGUGGCCGCAGCGGGAAGAUGAGGGCUCUCUCCUUCAAGACAGGCAUCGCAUGUCUGUGCGGGACAGAGGUCAAGGAGAAGUUUCAGUAUCUCUUCAGCCAAGUGGCGAAUGCUGGGGGGCUGUGUGACCAGCGGCACCUGGGCGUCCUGCUCCACGAGGCCAUCCAGGUCCCACGCCAGCUUGGGGAGGUGGCGGCAUUUGGGGGCAGCAACGUGGAGCCCAGCAUCCGCAGCUGCUUCCGCUUUAGCAACGGGAAGCCUGCCAUCGAGGCGUCCCAGUUUCUGGAGUGGGCCAACCUGGAGCCGCAGUCCAUGGUGUGGCUGGCCGUGCUGCACCGGGUGACCAUGGCUGAGCAGGUGAAGCACCAGACCAAGUGCUCCGUCUGCCGGCAGUGCCCCAUCAAGGGCUUCAGGUAUCGGAGCCUGAAGCAGUUCAAUGUGGAUAUCUGCCAGACUUGCUUCCUCACCGGGCGUGCCAGCAAGGGCAACAAGCUGCACUACCCCAUCAUGGAGUACUACACCCCGACCACAUCCAGUGAGAACAUGAGAGACUUUGCCACGACGCUGAAGAACAAGUUUCGGUCCAAGCAGUACUUCAGCAAGCAUCCGCAGAGAGGUUACCUGCCUGUCCAGUCCGUACUUGAGGCUGACUUCUCGGAGACACCAGCCUCCUCCCCGAUGUUACCGCAUGCCGACACCCAUUCCCGGAUCGAGCACUUUGCCAGCAGGCUUGCAGAAAUGGAAAGCCAGAACUGUUCCUUCUUCAAUGACAGCCUGUCCCCUGAUGAUAGCCUGGAUGAGGACCAAUACCUGCUGCGUCAUUCCAGCCCCAUCACUGACAGAGAGCCUGGGGGCAGCCAGCAGGUUCCAGGAAGCCUCCACAUGGAUGACAAAGGAGAGCUGGAGCGAAUCCUGGCCCACUUAGAGGAUGAAAACAGGAUCCUCCAGGGAGAGCUGAGACGUUUGAAAUGGCAGCAUGAUGAGGCGGUGGAGUCUCCAACCUUGGCUACAGGCUCCCCCGAAUCAGUACAAGACCCACAUAAUGAUGAGCUCCUGGCAGAAGCACGAAUUCUCCGGCAGCACAAGAGCCGCCUAGAGACCCGCAUGCAGAUCCUGGAGGACCACAACAAGCAGCUGGAGUCCCAGCUGCACCGACUGAGGGAGCUGCUGCUGCAGCCUCCAGCAGAGUCAGAUGGCAAUGCUUCAGCAGCCUCUUCCUUGGCUUCAUCUCCACAUCAGUCUGAAGGCAGUCAGGCAAAGGAGAAAGAGCACAACACCCCUGACACCGAAGCUGCAGAUGAGGUGGAAGCCAAAACACAGGAAGUCAGCGUGUGCCUGGAAGACAUCAUGGAGAAGCUGCGGAGCGCCUUCCCCAGCUCUCGAGGUACUCGAGUGAAGUCCCCCUCUCUGGUCUCUUACUGCUCCCUCAGAUGAGGUUUUCCCUAUGGAGCCCUGCCCCGAUCCCAGCUUCCCUGCGAUGGCUGAUCCCCACAGUGCCUACAGCCAAGAGCUAUGCUGCUGUGGUGCUGCUGGGACUGGUGCAUGGCCUGGGCGCAGA